AUGCUGGAUUAUUUGAAAUUUCUUUCAAAGCCCUCAGGCCGCCAUGAGUCCAAACACCACAUUAUUAUAGUAGGAGCAGGUAUUAUUGGGGUUUGUACCGCUUACUACCUUGUCCAACAUCCAAAAUAUGACCCGGAAAAAUACCAUAUCACUAUUGUAGAAUCUAAGAGAGUGGCGGGUGGAGCCAGCGGGAAAGCUGGAGGAUUGUUGGCAUUAUGGGCAUUCCCUGAACAAAUUGUGUCUUUAAGUUUUAAUUUACAUCAGGAGUUAUCCAACGAAUAUAACGGAGCAGAAGAGUGGGGUUAUAGAAGAUUAACCACUGUUUCGUUAGAAGGUGACAUAUCUCAUUUGGGCGAUGAAAUAGAUGACGAAGAAGAGGAAGAGGAUACAGGAAACGGAUCCACUAAUAUCGGCUGCAAGACUAAACCCACUAUUACUGUUGAUAAACCACCAAAGAAAACUGCCCGUACUCGAUCGACGGGUGGAUUACGUAAUAGGCUACCAGUUAAUUUAAACUGGAUAAAUUCAGCCUUGAUUGAUAAUUGUUCAACUUUGGGUGGCACUGAUACCACGGCACAAGUGCAUCCUUAUAAAUUCACUAAUUUCCUUCUUAAAAAGGCGAUUGAAUACUCCAAAGGUUCAAUUGAAUUCGUGUUGGGGAAAGUCAAUGAGAUAACAUAUAGUUUUGAAACUGGUAGUGCAACCGGUAUAAAAUACCAACCUACUUCUUUCAAAAGCGGAGCUGAAGGUGAAACAGUGACAUUGAAUGCUGAUCAAAUAGUAAUGGCUGUAGGUCCAUGGACUUCAAAGAUUUUACCAGAUUGUCCAAUAUCUGGAUUAAGAGCCCAUUCAAUCACCAUUUCUCCUUUCAAAGACCAACCUGUCAGCCCCUAUGCGAUAUUCACUGAGUUUAAAACAGGUCCUUAUUCAUACAUUUCUCCUGAAAUUUAUGCUAGACUGGAUGAAGUUUACGUAUGCGGAGAAGGAGAUUCAGCAGUUGAUGUUCCUGAGACUACCGAUGAUGUUGAAGUGGUGAAAUCUAAAUGUGAUGAAUUAUUCAAACAAGUUGGAAAAGUAUCUCCUAAUCUAAGAAAAGGACAUAUUCUAAAACGACAAGCUUGUUAUUUACCAGUAUUGGAUGUGCCAUCAUCCAGUGGACCUUUAAUUGGAGAAACCAAUGUUGGUAAUUUAUUCCUUGCAUCUGGUCAUUCAUGUUGGGGGAUAAAUAAUGCACCGGGGACUGGGAAAAUUAUGAGUGAGUUGUUAUUAGAUGGAGAAGUUAAAUCAGCUGAUAUUUCCAGUUUGGAUCCUUCAUUAUAUUUCGAUGCCAGUGUAUUAGUUGAUGAGGAAGAGUAUGAAGAUGCUGAGUCAGGUGAAGAAGGAGAAGAGGAGGCAGAUAUUGAUUACGGAAAGAGAUCAAGGACAGCCUCACAGGAUCUUCCGAAGAGAAGAGUUUCUAUUUUAUAG